AUGGGAGGCUACUACUGCUUGUUCCCCUGCUUGCUCAUCUGCUUUCUGCUCCACACACAUGGCAGCCACUCCCUGAACCAGACAUGCAACUCCACUGACCUGGAGGCGCUUCUCGCUUUUUCCAGCGGCUUGGGUAGGAAAGUCAGCAGGCUUGUUGGAUGGGGUCCCAACGAUGCAGCGUGCUGUUCCUGGACCGGCGUCUCUUGUGAUCUGGGGAGAGUUGUUGGGUUGAAUCUCUUCAACAAGAACCUUCAUGGCGGCAUCUCAUCCGCGAUCACCUUGCUUGAUGGCCUUGUGACUCUAAACCUCUCCUGCAACUCUCUCCGUGGCCAGCCACCAGAGGAUCUAGGCCGGUUAGCAAGGAUGCGGAUUCUCGACCUCAGCAUGAACAUGCUCUCCGGCGCGUUCCCGACGAGUGAACAUGGUUUCCCGGCAAUUGAGGUGCUGAAUGUAUCCUUCAACCAAUUCAAGGGACCGCACCCUGUGUUCCCUGGCGCGAUGAAUCUGAUGGUUCUUGAUAUCUCGAGCAAUGCCUUCUCUGGUGCCAUCAACACCACAGCACUCUGUGUUGCGCCGGUCAAGGCCUUGCGAUUUUCUGGGAAUGAGUUCACCGGUGAGAUCCGCGCCGGGUUCGGCCGGUGCAAGAUGCUUACUGAGCUCUCUAUUGACAGCAGUGGCCUUACUGGGAAACUCCCCAGGGAUCUUUACACGAUAUCAGAGUUGAGGAGGCUGAGCUUACGAGAUAAUCAGUUCUCUGGUAGUCUCGGCGAGGACCUGGGUAACUUCUCUCAGCUUAUGCAUAUUGAUCUGUCAUAUAACAUGUUCUCUGGUGUCAUCCCUGAUGUGUUUGAAGGUCUGAGGAGGCUGGAGUUCUUAAGCUUGGCCUCAAAUUUGUUGACUGGCACAUUGCCUGCUUCCCUGUCAAGCUGCAAAAUGCUGCGAGUGAUCAACCUAAGGAACAACUCGCUGUCGGGCAAGAUCGCCAUUGACUUCCGUUUACUGCCAAGGUUAAACAUUCUGGAUGCAGGGACCAAUAGAUUGAGUGGUCCUAUACCUCGAGAUCUCAUGUGGUGCACUAAGUUGAGGACACUGAACCUUGGAAGGAACCUGCUUGAUGGGGAGAUACCAGAGAGCUUUAAGCAUUUGCGAUCCCUAUUAUUCCUCUCGCUUGCUGGUAAUGACUUAACGGACUUGUCAUCGGCAUUACGAGUCUUGCAGCACCUGCCCAAACUGACAACGUUGGUGCUUACCCGGAGCUUCCGUGGUGGUCAGACAAUGCCAAUGGACAGCAUCAGUGGGUUCAAGAGCUUGCAGGUGCUUGUUCUUGCAAACUGUGCACUCUCAGGCAUGAUCCAGCCUUGGCUGCAGAACUCAAAAAACCUGAGAGUGCUGGACAUUUCGUGGAACAAAUUGAGUGGACCGAUCCCACCAUGGUUAGGCAAUCUGAAUAAUCUCUUCUAUAUCGAUCUGUCAAGAAACUCGUUUAGUGGGGAGCUUCCUGAGAGCUUUACACAGAUGAAGGGUUUAAUUUCGAGUGCUUAUUCAAGUGAGCAUGCAUCAAUAGAAGACCUCCCAUUAUUCAUCAAAAAGAAUCCAGCUGGCAAUAGUUUGCAGUACAACCGUGUGGUCAGCUUCCCACCAUCGCUGAUCCUCUCUAAUAAUUUGCUUGUUGGGCCAGUCUUGCCUGGCCUUGGCCAUCUUGUGUAUCUUCAUGUACUGGACUUGAGCUGGAACAAGUUCUCAGGGGGCAUUCCUGAUGAGUUAUCAAGCUUGGAAAACUUGGAAGAGCUAAAUUUAACCCACAAUGAUCUCAGUGGGAGCAUACCAACAUCUCUAACAAAGUUGUCAUUUCUCUCCAAGUUUGAUGUCUCGUACAACAACCUGACUGGAGAUAUCCCAACAGGGGGCCAAUUUUCCACAUUCACAGAUGAGAGUUUCGUGGGCAAUGAUGCACUAUGCCUUCGUCGGAAUGGCCCCUGCUUCGGAAAGGCUUCAUUUGAAGGAACAGAAAAUGAUGGCACCGAUACCAUAUCCACAAUGCCCGCAAUGACAUACAUCAUCGCAGAAGCGGGAUUCGCUUUCGGGCUUUUGACCGUCUGUAACAUACUGUUCUUCGCAAGGGCUUGGAGGGCCGCUUAUUUUCUGGCGGUUGACAGGUUCUUUGAUAUGCUCUACGUCAUAAUAAUGGUGAAGGUGAACAAGCUCAGAAGAAAAUGGGAGGAUAAAGAGCAUCCUUAG